AUGGCUGAUCAAGGAAGGAAUCCUACUACUAUUCCCAUCAAUGAGUUGGGUAUUGAACAGUUGAGCCAACUCCAAAAGCAAGUUGAACAAGAAUAUGCUUUCUUCGCGGAAUCUGCUGCUCAACUCAAGAUGUUUAUUGAUAAGAACCAAAAAAGCAUACUCGCUUUGGAAAACUUGGAAAACACCCCUGCUGGAGAAAAGACUCUCAUUCCCCUAUCCGAAUCCAUGUACAUUCGAGCUGAAUUGUCUGAUCCUUCUUUGAUGCUGGUUGAAAUUGGAACAGGUUAUUAUGCUGAGAUGACCAGAUCAAAAGCUGUUGAAUACUUCGAGCGUAAGAAGAAGUACAUUAAGACUCAAUUGGAUAUAGUAGAUAACCAUAUUGCUGACAAGAAACGUUCUCGCUCCAUUCUCCAAGAGAGCUUCCAACAGAAGAUCGCUGCUCAGUUAUCAUCUGCCAAGCCCAAGUGA